AUGGUCGCAAAUAGAAUCGACGAUUCAGAUAAAUCCAUUAAUCAUGAUGAUAAAGCCAAUACUUCGGAGUUAAAUGGUCCACAUCAGGAGACCUCAAAGGACAUUAGUUUUGUCAAAAAGGUAGAUGGGAAAACAGUUCUUCGAUAUUAUCCGGACACACCUGAGUCUUUUAAGCAUAAAGAGAUGUUUAAUGGUAAAGCCCCUUCAAAGUUUUACGAUCCUUGUGCUUUAUCAUCAAAAAUGGCUGUAAGAUGCAUGGAGAAUCACGAUGAAGAUUAUAAGACCGUGUGUGCGGAAUAUUUCAAAGCAUACAGAGAAUGCAAAAAGGUGUGGAUGGAAAAAAGGAGGAAAGGAACUUGGUGA